AUGGACUUCUUGGCGCUAGUGGCUGCUCUUGUGAGCAACGAUAAUGCAACACGUAAGCAGGCAGAGGCGUCGUAUGAGGCCUUCAAGGCGGAACAACCACAGGCUCUUGUGAUCAACCUCGUGCAACUACUACGCACGGCCUCUGAUCCGGAAGCGCGUGCUUUUGCUCCCGUGCUAUUGCGUCAGCUACUAGAGGCUAAGACUGGCGUGUACACGCGCUUGGAUACGGAUGCACAGGCAAUUCUUAAGGUGCAACUAUUAGAGGCCCUGGUCACCGAGCCCAUAGCUCACGUUCGCCGCAAACUUGGCCACUUGAUUGCUGAACUGGCUGUUGUCUCGGAGAAGUACGAGCAAGCGUGGCCCGAGCUGCUGAAUGUCGUAUCAGCUCUUACCACAAAUGCUGACGCACUGUUACGCGUGACAGCCUUCGACUUGCUGGCCAAGCUAGCCGAGUACGUGAGUGACCUGCUAGUUCCGCAUAAAGAAAGCUUCCUUACGCUUUUUACCAACUCGCUCAACGAUGCAAACGGAGAAGUGCAGAUUGCCAGCCUCAAGGCUGCAUCAGCUUUCCUGCUGACGCUCGAGGACAAGCAGGAAUUAUUGGCGUUUGCCAUUAUUGUGGCCCCUAUGUUGCGUAUCAUUGAAGUGCUGGUGAAUGCUGGAGACGAAAUUGCUUUUCGUGAGGUACUGUCGGCUCUUGUGCAGAUUGCUGAAGUACACCCCAAAUUUUUCCGCAACUCUCUGGACGACGUGGCCCGUGCCAUGAUCUCUGUGUGCUCGUCACAAGAGCUUGACUCGGAGACUCGUGAGCUUGCUUUGGAGUUCGUCAUUGAGCUGUGUGAAAAUGCUGGUGGCAUGGUACGCAAAUCGCAGUUCAUCGUCACGAACGUGGUGCUUUUAGUUAUUCGGCUGAUGUGCGAGGUUGAGGAGGACGAGACGUGGGUGCAGAAAUUUGACGAUCCGGAGACCUUCGCUGAGGCCAAUGACGCCGACAACUCGAUCAGUGACGCUGGUGCCGCGGCAAUUGAUCGUCUGAGCACGUCUCUUGGUGGCAACGCUGUGCUACCUGUAGCCAUCCCGGUCAUUAAGGAUUUUCUCGGUGAUGCCGACUGGCGCAAACGUCGCGCUGGCCUAUAUGCUAUCUGCCUGCUAGGUGAGGGUGCGAAGUCGCUCAUGACCCGUGAGCUUGAUAAUGUAGUGGGAAUGGUUUUGCCUUUUCUGAACGAUCAACACCCGCGUGUGCAGUACGCUGCGCUGCACAGUCUUGGACAGAUUGCCGAGGACUUUGGUGAGGUGGAGAAGGGAAAAAACUUUCAGGCAAAAUUUCACACAAUGGUGAUACCGGCGCUUACGGCGUUGGUUCAGAAUGAGCAAGGUGUGCUGCGUACCCGUGCUCUGGCUGCCAGUGUGGUUAUCAACUUUUGCAACACGAACGUAUGUAAGGCCAAGUACGUGAUUCCGUACAGCCAAGCUUUGCUCGAGGCUCUCUUUAAUACGAUGCGCUCGUGUCCACGCCAGGUGCAGGAACAGGCUAUCACUGCUGUUGCGAGCGUGGCCAAGGUAAUUGGUGAUGAGUUUCUCCGCUUUUACGAUAUUUUCAUCCCGCUUGCGAAGGAGGUGCUGACGAACGCCCAUGGCAAGGAGUACGCUCUGCUUCGUGGCAAAUCCAUGGAGUCAAUUGCUCUCAUCGGUCAAGCUGUGGGCAAGGAGCGUUUUGUAAAUGAUGCCAAGGAGAUCAUGGAGAUUUUAGUGCGUGUGCAGUCCAGUGAGGAGAUGGAAGGCCCAGUGGUGCAGUAUGUGGCGCAAUCGUGCGUGCGUAUUGGCAGUAUCCUGAAAGAGGAUUUUGUCCCAUAUUUGCCUCACGUGAUCCCGGCGCUUAUCAAGCAGGCGCAGAUUCAGCCAGACAUUCAGCUGUCGGAUGUCACUGAUGACGAUGUCGAGGAGGAUGGUCAGACUGUCGAUGGCACGGACACCAUGACGCUGCAGAUUCGUGGCGUGGGAAAGAAGCGCCUGGAAAUCAAUACGAGUGCUCUCGAAGACAAGACAAAUGCGUGCAAUAUGCUUUACCAAUCGGCGCUUGAUCUGGAGGGUUGGUUCUACCCGUACGUAGCCGAGGUGGCACAGGUAAUGAUCCCGCUGAUUGACUUCGAGUAUGUCGAAGACAUUCGUAUUGUGAGCAGUUUGACCAUGGCUAAGCUGCUGAACUGCGCUGUGGAGGGCACGAUGCACCACGGCUAUGGCGCGACAGCGCCGCAGUUCCCGCAGCAGCUUUUUGAGAAGUUCUUCGAGCCAAUGCUGAAGAGUCUACAAGAAGAAGAGGAUCUGGAGUGUCUUGGCGCGUUUGCUGAGGCCAUGUCGGCGGUCCUGGAAGUGUGCAAAGAAAGCCAAAAAAAAGGGUUAUCAGGUUGGUAUUCCUUUAGAGCACGUCCCGCGCAUAGUGGAGAUUUUUAA